CCCAGCCUCAGUCCUCUCUCCGCGCCCGCGUCGCCAGCAUGACUGACACUCUGCUGCCCGCGGCCCCCCAGCCUCUGGAGAAGGAGGGCGACGGCUACUUUCGGAAGGGUUGCAAUCCUCUCGCGCAAACUGGCCGGAGCAAACUGCAGAAUCAGAGGGCUGCCUUGAACCAACAGAUCCUGAAAGCCGUGCGGAUGAGAACGGGAGCAGAAAACCUCUUGAAAGUAGCCACGAACCAAAAGGUACGGGAGCAGGUGCGCCUGGAACUGAGCUUUGUGAACUCAGACCUGCAGAUGCUCAAGGAACAGCUGGAGGGGCUCAACAUCUCGGUGGGAGUCUAUCAGAGCACAGAGGAGACGUUUACGAUCCCGCUGAUUCCGCUCGGCCUGAAGGAAACCAAGGAUGUCAACUUUUCAGUCGUUCUCAAGGAUUUUAUUCUAGAACAUUACAGCGAAGAUGGCUGCCUAUAUGAAGAUGAUAUAGCAGAUCUUAUGGAUCUGAGACAAGCUUGUCGGACACCCAGCCGAGACGAGGCUGGUGUUGAACUGCUGAUGAGUUAUUUCCUUCAGCUGGGCUUUGUCGAGAGCCGAUUCUUCCCGCCCACCCGACAGAUGGGGAUCUUGUUCACAUGGUAUGACUCCCUCACUGGGGUCCCCGUCAGCCAACAGAACUUGCUACUGGAGAAGGCCAGCGUCCUGUUUAACAUUGGAGCCCUCUACACACAGAUUGGGACCCGGUGCAAUCGGCAGAUGCAAGAUGGGCUGGAGAGUGCAGUGGACGCAUUUCAGAGAGCUGCAGGGGUUUUAAACUACCUGAAAGAGACAUUUACUCACACGCCAAGUUAUGACAUGAGUCCCGCCAUGCUCAGCGUGCUGGUCAAAAUGAUGCUUGCCCAGGCCCAAGAAAGCGUGUUUGAGAAAAUCUGCCUUUCUGGGUUACGGAACGAAUUCUUCAUGCUGGUGAAAGUGGCGCAGGAGGCUGCCAAGGUGGGAGAGGUCUAUCAGCAGCUGCACGCAGCCAUGAGCCAGGAGCCUGUGAAAGAGAACAUCCCCUACAGCUGGGCCAGCUUGGCCUGCGUGAAGGCCCACCACUACGGAGCCCUGGCCCACUACUUUGUAGCCAUUCUGCUCAUCGACCACCAGUUGAAGCCUGGUGCCGACGAGGACCACCAGGAGAAGUGCCUGUCCCAGCUCUAUGACCACAUGCCUGACGGACUGACGCCCUUGGCCACGCUGAAAAACCCUCAUCAGCGCCAACUGCUGGGCAAGUCCCAUCUGCGCAGAGCCGUUGCCCAUCACGAGGAGUCGGUGAGGGAAGUGAGCCUGUGCAAGAAGCUUCGCAACAUCGAGGUGCUGCAGAAGGUGCUGUCCGUGGCGCACCAGCGGUCCCAGCUCAAGUACAAGCAGCACCAGGAAGACGAUGACCUGCUGAACUUGAUCGAUGCUCCCAACAUUAUUUCUAAAACGGAGCAAGAGGUUGAAAUUAUACUGCCACAGUUCUCCAAGGUGACAAUAAGGGACUUCUUCCAGAAGCUGGGCCCUUUAUGUGUGUUUUCGGCGAACAAGAGAUGGACAUCUCCUCGAAGCAUUCACUUCACUGCAGAAGAAGGGGAUUUGGGGUUCACCUUGAGAGGAAACUCCCCUGUCCAAGUCCACUGCUUGGAUCCUUACUGCUCUGCUGCGCUGGCAGGAGCCAAGGAAGGGGAUUAUAUUGUUUCCAUUCAAAAUGUGGAUUGUAAGUGGCUGACAGUGAGCGAGGUUAUGAAACUGCUGAAGAGCUUUGGCGAGGACGACAUUGAGAUGAAGGUCGUGAGCCUCCUGGACUCCACCUCAUCCAUGCAUAAUAAGUGUGCCACGUACUCUGUGGGGAUGCAGAAAACAUACUCCAUGAUCUGCUUAGCCAUAGAUGAUGAUGAUGAUAAAACUGGUAAAACCAAGAAGAUCUCAAAAAAGCUUUCUUUCUUGAGUUGGGGCACCAACAAGAACAGACAGAAGUCUGCCAGCACCUUGUGCCUCCCGUCGGUUGGGGUUGCCAGGCCUCAAGUCAAGAAGAAGCUCCCCCCACCUUUCGGCAUUCUCAACUCCGACGGUGCUUUGUACUAGCGGGAGGAAGCCAAAAUGUUCGGGCCCAAAACAUUUCCAGUGCUGACUACGCCUUCAUAUUUGUGCCAUAAUGGAAAAUUUCUCAAUAUUCUCAAGUUCCGUUUUCCCACAGUGUAACCUUUCAAUGGAUAUGUCUUUAUGAAUGAAAGUAACAAGAAAUCUAGAAAUUGGGUGACAGACUUAUUCAAGGAAUGUCACCAUAUGGUUGCAAGUUUAUUACAUGAAGUAUUGUAAAUCGAAUAGUGUUGAAAACCUGGCUAUUUUUAAUGGCUACAAUGAUGACUUGUAGUUACUAUCGGAGUUAAAUUGGGGUUACCUAUAUUGGUCCUAUUUGUAAUGGUUUCCAGGCUUGGGUAAUAGAUCGUUCCUUAAACCAGAAUCCAGAUAAGCCCAAAUUAAAGCAGGUCAAGGGACGAUAAUGAUGGACUUAAGUUAGUGUUACUAAAAUCUGUUCCGAGAGCUGCUUUCUAAGGGGAAUUCGUUACCCUAAAAUGACAAGAUCUUACUCUUAUUUCUACAUAAUAUGAAUGCUAUUUCCAGAUACAGUCUAGUGCCAAAUUUGUCACCACUUAUUAGAUAAAACAGUUUAGGAGUGGCUUUCCUUCUAGUUACAUGUCAUCUAAAAGUUGCUAACACAGUGGCAGUGUUAGAUGAAAAUGCUGUCUACAAGGUAGAUAAUAUACUGUUUGAUACUCAAAACAUUUUUCAUUUUGUUUAAAGUAGAAGUACAUAAUUGUGUAUUUUAAUGGGUUAAAAUGUUUUAUAAGACAAAGAUGUAAAUGAUACUAGUUUAAAGCUCUAUUUGAUUUUUUUAAAUGACAUUCUUACCAACUGAUUUCUUUUGCUAUAAGUUGGAUGAUACUGUGAUUCUAACAAGAUUCACCGUUGACAUAGAAGAUAUAGCUAAAAAAGUAUAGUAUUAAAAUCUAAUUUUGAGAGUUAACAAGAAUUUAAAGUGUUUUCUAGUGUGCAAUAUCAAAAGGGAAGUUUGGGGAAGUGUAUCCACUGCUUUUGGGGGUGUUUUUGUAUAAAUAUUUAAAUAAACUCAUUUGCCUGAAUUAA